CCUGGCCGGACCGGUUGGCCGAGGGCCUGCGCGAACGUGGUCUCUGGAAACUUUGUGCCGGCGUCCCCCAUCUGCUCCCGGGCGGUUCUCGCAUCCUCUGGGCGGCGGGGAGAGGAGAGGCCCGGCGCCCAACGCAGCGCCCCCUCCUCACCGCCCGACCCCGCCUCGCGGGCUCUCGGCGCGCAUUCCCCCCCGCCACCCCGGCUGCUCCCCCACUGCGGCGACGCCUGGGCCGGGGUCCCAGCCCUCUGGUUCCUUCGCGAGCAUCCUUUCUGUUCCCCUCCCCCUCCCUGACCCCUCUGCUCUGCGGUGCAGCCAUGGCCUCUCUGCCUUCUCACCCCGUCGCCACCAUUCGCCCGCUCCGAGCCACGGUAGCGUCGGCGGCUUUUUGCAUCUUCCAAAGGUUUCUGGUGCGUUGGUAGAAGCAACUUGACUUUCAGCAAUGCCAAGUAUUCAACUUGAGUGUUUCUCUGCGGUGGUGGAUUGAUCUGAGCUGCAUCCACUUUGAUCAGCACUCACUUAGCACUUUCCAGACGCAGGACUCCAGAGUAAUCAGACUCCUCAAGAAAGUGACUGUAAUUUCCAGUUCCUUGGUGGAGGAAAACAAAACACUCUGGUCUUGCUUCCAAUGAUGCAAGUGUGAUUGCUGGCGUCUUCAUGAGCUCCAGAGGUCACAGCACGCUACCACGGACUCUCAUGGCCCCUCGGAUGAUUUCUGAGGGAGACAUAGGAGGCAUCGCUCAAAUCACUUCCUCGCUCUUCCUGGGCAGAGGCAGUGUAGCCUCCAACCGGCACCUCCUCCAGGCUCGUGGCAUCACCUGCAUUGUUAAUGCUACCAUCGAGAUCCCCAAUUUCAACUGGCCCCAGUUUGAAUAUGUUAAAGUGCCUCUGGCUGACAUGCCUCAUGCCCCCAUUGGACUAUACUUUGACACCGUGGCCGACAAGAUCCACAGCGUGAGCAGGAAACACGGGGCCACCUUGGUGCACUGUGCUGCAGGGGUCAGCCGCUCGGCCACGCUCUGCAUCGCGUACCUGAUGAAAUACCACAACGUGUGCCUGCUGGAGGCGUACACCUGGGUGAAAGCCCGGAGGCCCGUCAUCAGGCCCAACGUGGGCUUCUGGAGGCAGCUGAUAGACUACGAGCGCCAGCUCUUUGGGAAGUCGACAGUUAAAAUGGUACAGACACCUUAUGGCGUAGUUCCAGACGUUUACGAGAAGGAGUCCCGACACCUGAUGCCUUACUGGGGGAUAUAAGUCACCGAAGCCUGCAUCAGCAGCCCCUCGAGCAGUACCAGCAUCUGCUGCACGCGUCUGCUCCCCUCUUCACCUUUCUUUCCAAGUGGUUGCCUUUUGGUUCUCCCUGAAGUGUUUUUUACACUGGGUGUUCAUGUCUAUCAUCUUAAGAGAGAGAGAGGGAGGGGAGGAACGUAAGGGGAAUGCUUACACGGCUACUGACAUUUUUAAAACUAACAUUUUGGAAUAGUGUUUAUGAAAAUCUUUAACUGGCUUUUAAUCAUUUUUAACAAUUUGAACAGUUUAACAAACUGGUUCUGCUCUAUUCUCAAUCCCAUGCCUUUUGGCAUCAUGGGAGGAGCUCAGUGCAAAAAUCACUUUGGGCCCUGAUUAACCCUUUAGAUACAAGCUUUGCCCAAGGCUGCCGACCAAACACAUGCUUAGGGAACAUUGAUACCAGUGUCAGUCUCUACUGGAUCAGCCCUCUUUCCUUUCCCCCCGUUAAUUAUUUAGUGACUCUGUAAGUUAAAAAAACAAGCCUUUAUUAUUUAGCUGUUAAGUAAUUAUAUUGAAAUCUGCUGCAAACACCCUGUUGGAAUCAAUGUGCCCCAGGACUAUAUUAGCAUUAUUUUUAAUAAAUAUAUCUGCUUAA